UAGUAACUGGAACAAAUAUUCCAUUUUUCUUCUUAGAGACAACUGAUGAAUAAUACAAUGUGUUAAAUAUCUGAUUGUCAUUGAGGUGAUGGAUUUGAACUAGAAGAAUGAACCGUUCAAUUAUGCAUCCAUUUUUUGAAUGAACUGUUGGUAGAGAAAACCAUGUAAAAGUUUAAAAGUGUAUAAAAGUAAAAUCGAUGUUUAUUAUUAAAUCUAUGUUUAAUAGUAUUGCCUUCGUAUAAUUUGGUAAAUCAAUAAUCUUAAUCUGGUCUUUUUGUUCAAAAUAGAGAGUGCAUUUCUCAGUAUCUACUCUUUUUCCUAAGGAUUAAAAUGUAACCACAGGAAAUUCCUGUGACAAUUGUAUAAUUUGAUGAAUUGUUGCGAACUCUGUAAGUGCAGCAGCAAUUUGUCUCUGCAUUCUGGACUUGAUUUAGCUUUAUCCUUUUUCUCAUAGGCAUUCUGAAAUAUUUAUGAUGGCAUACAUUGGUAAUCUGAUGUGCAAGUCCUGUGAGAAACAAAAAGAACUAAUUACUAGCAAAUUUACAAGCCCUAGUAUAUCCUUCCAAGUUUUAUUUCAGUUUACUGUAAAAGAAGUGGAAUAAUGGGUGAAAUAUUAUAAAACUAUUAUGGUUUUCUCUCUCAAUUCUUGCCAGUUGCAUCAUUGAUCAUUAACCUGAUCAUAUUUGUCCUUUUAUACAAAGGUAGUGAACACCUGCUUUGGGUUUAAAGGAAUUAAUCAUACAGCGUUCAAGAUAAAUAAAGUUGGCCUUGACUGAUCAAGUAUUUUAAGUACUAGUGUUUCCAAGCAGUUGCAUUUCAGUUAUAAAACUACAGUGAAUAAUCAGAAGCGAAUUUGGGAGGUCAAAAUGUGUAAGAUCUUGUUGUGGAGUUUCCUACUGAUUUUUUCUGGAAGCCAAGCCUCAAGACCGUCGGCUCAAAGAAAUAUCGAAUUUGCAGUGGACCUUUAUCAAGCUAUUUCUUUAUCUCACGAGAACAACAUUAUAUUUUCCCCCCUUGGAACAACGUUGGGUCUUGGGAUGGUACAACUGGGAGCAAAAGGAAAAGCACGACAGCAGAUAAGACAAACUUUAAAACUUCAGGAAACCUCAGCCGGGGAAGAAUUUUCUGUGCUGAAGUCAUUUUUCUCUGCCAUCUCAGAGAAAAAGCAAGAAUUUACAUUUAAUCUUGUCAAUGCCCUCUACCUUCAAGAAGGAUUCACUGUGAAAGAACAGUAUCUCCAUAGCAACAAGGAGUUUUUUCAGAGUGCCAUAAAACUGGUGAAUUUUCAGGAUGCAAAGAUUUCUGCAGAGACAAUAAGUACCUGGGUAGAAAGCAAAACAGAUGGGAAAAUUAAAGACAUGUUUUCAGAGGAAGACUUUGGUCCUCUGACUCGGCUUGUCCUGGUGAAUGCUAUUUAUUUCAAGGGUGAUUGGAAGCAGAAAUUCACAAAAGAGAGCACACAGUUGAUGAAUUUUACUAAGAAGGAUGGUGCGGCAGUCAAAAUCCCGAUGAUGAAGACUCUUGUGAGAACAAAAUAUGGUUAUUUUUCUGAAUCGUCCAUGAACUACCAGGUUUUGGAAUUACCUUAUAAAGGUGAUAAGUUUAGUUUAAUCAUUGUACUUCCUGCAGAAGACGUGCACAUAGAAGAAAUGGAAAAGCGAAUUACUGCUCAUCAACUCCUAAAAUGGUUCUCCGAGAUGCAAGAAGAGGAAGUGGAAGUAAGCCUCCCUAGAUUUAAAGUAGAACAAAAAUUAGACUUCAAAGAAGCUCUGUAUUCUUUGAAUAUAACUGAGAUAUUUAGUGGUGGCUGUGACCUUUCUGGAAUAACAGAUUCAGCUGAAGUGUUUGUUUCCCAAGUCAUGCAGUAUGUUUUUUUUGAGAUAAAUGAAGAUGGCAGUGAAGCCGCAACAUCAACUGGCAUGAACAUCCCUGUGAUCAUGAGUCUGGCUCACAACCAAUUUAUAGCAAAUCAUCCAUUUCUGUUUAUUGUGAAGAAUAACCCAACAGAAUCAAUUUUGUUUAUGGGAAGGGUGACAAAUCCUGACACCCAAAAGAUGAAGGGAAGAGAUUUAGAUUCACUGUGAUUGAAGAGUCUCAGAACAUAAGAUGAUUCAUGAAAAAUAAUUGAUUGGCAAAAUAGCAUCACUGUGCAAGUAUUUUCUACAUAUCUUUUUCUGUUUUAACCAUAUGUGUAAUAAUCGCUACUGAAAUAGAUCUAUAUUAAUGAGUAAGUGAAAUUAUUAAUA